CAUGGCAAAGGCUAAUUUAACACGAAAUAUAUGUGAAGCGGUGGCCAUGGUAGGAAACAAAGGGCAAUACGAAGGGGCAAGAUCAAAACAAAGCUUCGAGGACAAACGUGGCUCAGACAACUGUAUGAGAUACCAAAAGCGAUUGAGGACUGAGCUACACACUGCUGCGGUGAGCAACAAACAUGUGUGCUGGAAAGCCAGCCAGUGCCCACAUAAUCCGUAAGGGUAGAAAAAAAUCUGGCAAAAAUGGAACAGGCCUGAACUUCAGUCAGAGUGGUCAACAAAGUAGAUCAAUUUGGCAUCAGGGUGACAGAAAAGCUCCAAUUAUGAAUUGCUCUUUGGAGGAUAAGGAAAUGGAAGAUUUAGAGAUGAAUAUGGACACUAGUGAAUCACAUAAUCAUUUUCCUUUUCACCUUCUUCCAGAUUUGUGCAAAUUUAGAAUUUGGAGCUUUCUUAAACAGUGUGAUCUUGGUCGUUGUAUGCUUGUUUGUAUUGAAUGGCACAUGAAGAUUCAGAAGCCACAACUGUGGAAUACGAUACAUUUUAAUGAACUACCCUAUACUUGUUUACCACAUGAUAGAACUGGUUUAGUUCACACUGAAGGUGUUUGUCACCAUUGUUUUAGAAAAAGAGUUGUAUCCUUUAGUCAUUUUCUUUCUCAUAUUCACCCUGUGGUAAAAGAAUUUCAAUUUUGUCUGGAUAUUAGUCAUCCAACAGAUCAGUUUAAUGCAGUUGUUGAACAGUUUCUAUCCACUGCAGACCUAACAUCUCUUACUUAUGCUGAUAUAAAUUGGAAAGACAGUCCAUCGAGGGCACCUUUAACAAAUAACCAAGAACCUAUCCAGGAUUAUAUGUACAGAUACCGCAGACGUCAGCGAAUGUUUUCUAGACUUUUUGAUACUUUUAUUGGGCUUGCCACACAGCUGACUACUUUGGUUAUGCCUUUUGAUUGGACUGAUUAUAAUGUGAAAAAUGUUUGUUCUCUUACCAAGCUGGAAAAUUUAGUCCUGGUUAAAUAUGGAGUUCACAACCACACUUUUACACAAGACCACAUAAACAAGUUGACAGAAAGUUUGGUUCAAUUAAAAAAGUUACUCUUAGAGGUUUGGAUUCCAAGUUACAACAACAACAACUUUGAGCUGUUUUAUGUUGAGUCAGCAUCUCUCAUACUUUUAGAUGUUUCACUUUGUCGUGGAUUCUAUAUCAAAAGACUAAACACUCCUAAUCUGCUACAGCUUAGAAUACCACAGCGACCCUUGCCCAUGAAUAUGAUUCAGCGACAGUCACCACACUUGCCUUGCUUGUUUCCAGUGCUUUCAGUAGGUGUGCCAAAGCUUGAAAACAUAAAUGGGCAUCAGUUAAAAGUAGAAGACAUAUUGAAUCCACCAGAUUCAUUAAAUAAUUUGUUAACUAUGCUUUGUUGUUGCACAAGGCAUAAGAGUCGGGGAAUUGAAAUGUAUGGGAUGUAAAAGAUUGUGAUAUUUUCCAUUUAACUCAGUGGUAUAGUUGAAACUGUAUAUUUACUUUACUUGCCGUAGGGUAAAUUUACCUUUGUAGAUUUGUAUAAUAAUCUUUUUGAAUGUUGCAGAAGAUGUAUGUAAGUUAUAUUUUUAAAUUUAUUGUAAUUUCUAGACAUAUUGGUUUACUUAAUAGUUAAUUUGUUGGAGAUUGUUGUUUUAUCAUUUUGUUUUGAAUGUGCAUUAUUAUAUGGGAAAUUUUGCCUUCUGAUAUUUCACAUAUAAAAUAAAUUCUUGAUUUAAAAAAAAAAUUAAUUUGCAAUGUUUGAGAAUGUAUUCACACUUUACAUUGGAGGAAAAAAGAAUUUCUAAUCUUCACCUAGCCUUAAAAAUAGAAGUCUCUAAAAUUAACAACAAAAACUUUUAGAAGAAGCAAAUAAAUUAUACUUCUCAUUACUCCUUACACUAGGUAUUUUUUUUAUCUUUGUCAAGUUUUCUCUGCCAGUUCAUGGGGAUUAUAGAUAAUAUAUUGUUGUAGAAAUUACUAUUCUGUAAUACUAUUAAAAGAUAAUUGAACAAUCUGUUUGUUUUACCUUUUGUUGUUGAGAAAAUAAAUAUGUGAAUUUUAAUUAGUUUGAAAUUUGAUGCUAAUUAAAUACAAUGUUCCUCAACUUAAAAGCUUAAAGUGAAAUUUUCGAGUAUCUAUAUAUAUGCAUAUUGUAGUGUUUAAAAUUUUUACAUCUACAUCUGUUAUUAAUUGACCAAUUAAAAAUUAUUUUUAGAAUUUUAUAUUAACUCAAAUUUGUAUUGAACUGCACAUUUUAAAGUUAAAAAUUAACCUUAAAAUAAAACUGUCAGAUAAUGCAUUAGUUAUACUUGAUAUGUACAUAACAUUAGUGUGAAGUUAAACACUACAACUUUGGGAUCAAAUUUCAUGCACAAAUUUUAACAAUUUUUAAAAGUAUCAAUGACUGUAAUAUAUUCUUUACAAUCAUAUACAUUAUUCUAAUGUUGUUAUGCAAGAAACAUGUUUGUUGUGUAAGAAUUUAGGGAUUAUUAUUACUACUUUGUCUUCCUUGUUGUAUUUUACACUAGAUAAUUUUUUGGUCACCAUGUUAAAUUUUUUUUUAGUAAUAACCUUUAAAAUCAAUUUAUUUUUUUGCAAAUUUAUAAAUUAUAUAUUUUAACUACCACUGAGUUAUAUAUCUAACUAGUUAAUCAAAUAGAAGAUGCAUCUUUCAUAUUUUCAUUACUGAUGCUAUUCUUUUAUCACACUUAUAUAGUGAAUCUAACUCUGUAUAUCUGUUCUUGCCUAUUUGUUUAUAAAUUAAUCCGUGUAAAAAAUACAAAUAAAUUUUCUUUUUAAAUAAAUCUUUUACCUAACAUAUUUUCUUAGUUGCCAUAGUGUCAAUGACAUUAAAAUUGUGUUGUUUAUUAAUUUAUUAUUUAGACAGAUUUUUUUUUAAGAAAAAAAAAAUCAUUCUAUUUUGACAUAAAUAGAACAGAAAACCUAAUUCCAACUCAUUUUACUUUUGAGGGGAUUAUUGUAAAUGUUGUAUAAUUUGUAAAAUAAGAUUUUUUAGAUGAUGUAAUAUCUACCAAUUAGGCUUUGUUUUAAUUAAUUUGUUUUAUUUUCAUCUUGGUUCAAUUGAAGCUACUUGGCUGCCAAUAGUUCUCAGUGUAAUUAUGGUAUGUGUGUGUAGGCCUAUAUACAAAUGUAUGUAUGCAUAUAUAUACACAUACUUUUAUAUACAUAUGUAUGUAUAUAUAAGAUUUCAAUUUUAAGUUAUCUGUAGUAUGAUAAACAUUUAGAUGUAGUUUGAAAAGAAAAUAUUUUAGUCAUGGUGGUAUAUAUUUUUAACCUGAAUCUCAAAUUCAUCAUUGGUUAAAAAAUCAAAAUUGAAUUUUAAAAUAAUAAUUUUUUAAACUUGAACAUCUAUAAUAUUAUCAGUAGAUAGGCCUACACAGAAACCAACUUCAGCAAAAAUCAUUUGCGUUUCAUUGCAUUUUUAAACACCAUUAUUAUCUGCUUGUAUUUAUUUUCACAAGUCCUUCUGUUUUAGGCAUAUUGUGUUAUGAAAUGAAUGAAAGACAAUUAAAUUUUCAUUUUUUUUUUCACCAAUGUUUAUAGUCAGUUUUUUAUUAUCAACACCACCUGUGCACAUUUAGGUACUCUUUUGUGUAUGUUUGUGUUUACAGACAUGCAUAACUGUAAAUGUACACAGAUAUACAUAAGAAAUUGUUUUCUUAUUUACAUAUUUCUGUUACUUUUUAAUUAUGAUGAAUUUAAUUGUUUCAUUGUUAAAAAGUAUUCACAUUGUUAAUUGCUUUCUUUACUAUUUGUGGUUAAGUAAUACAUGUGUUUGAGCACAUUUCUUGUUGAAUAUGAAGCACAUUAUGUUUUAUAUAUAUAUAUAUAUAUAUAUAUAUAUAUAUAUAUAUAUAUA